ACAAGCUAUUUCUCUUCUUCUUCUUAUGUUCUUUCGAGAUGUUAGGGAAAGAGAUGGAGGUUUUGUAUAAUCAACUUGCCAAGUCAUCUUACAAGGAAUCCCUUAAGGCUCUGGAGGCUGAUAUACAACAUGCCAAUACCUUGGCGGCAUCAAUUCCAAGAGCCAAGGGUGGUGCAUGUCUUCAAAUGAAAUUAGUUUACAGCCACUUGACUCCUUUGUUUCUGUUUCUGCUCCAGUGGAUGGAUUCCUCUUGUACCUGCCUACUACAGAGAUAUCUAGACUUCUUUCACAUAGUGGUGUACAAGGUAUAUGCAGAUGGGAGGCCUAACAUUUCUUCACAUGGGAGGAAAGCGACAAUUAGGCAAUUCUAUGCUGUCAUAUUACCCUCUCUACAACAGCUCAAUGGUAAUUCUCAUGACAGAAGUUGCAGCAUGGAGGUGUUUGGUAGAAAGAGAUUGGAAGAGAAGAGGAAGUUCUCUGAUAUGGAUUUGGAGAGAGAAGAUGAAUGUGGCAUUUGCAUGGAGCCAUGCACCAAGAUGCUCUUGCCUACUUGUUGCCAUGCCAUGUGCAUUAACUGCUAUCAUGACUGGAAUACCAGGUCAGAAUCCUGCCCAUUUUGUCGGGGUAGCAUAAAGAGAGUUAAGUCAGGAGACCUAUGGGUUCUCACAAGUAGAAGUGAUGUGGUAGACAGAGAGACGGUGGCCAAGGAGGAGCUGUUGCGGUUCUACCUCUAUAUCAAUAAGCUGCCAAAAGAUAUUCCAGAUGUCCUUUUCUUAGUGUAUUAUGAAUACCUAAUAUGAUCAAAGGGAGAUCUGAAUAAUAAUGUACAGAAAGUACCAAUCUGAUGUUCAGGAAAAAGAAAAAGCCGACCGUAGCUUGUAAACAGAGUCUGGUGAGAAAAAAAUCUCUUAGUUUAGGCACCAAAUAAUCUCAUCCUCUCUUUUACUUUUGUAGAACUGUGUAAAGCCUCAGAGACAGAGGCCCCAAAAAUGAAUGAAAGUUGAAUCUCUAAUUUAAAAAAUUGGAGAUCCCACAUUUCCACUCUUUUCCUCUUUAA